UAACCUUAGCUCUAAAGAAGUUGGUGGUUGCAUCUGUUGACCGUGAGACUAAAGGCAUUCUAGUUGCGCAGAUCAGGGCCUAUCUUUCUGAAAUUGAUGCUUUAGAUAACUUGAUUAAUGAAAUUUCUGAGCCUGCCAUUGAUGUACUUGAAGAGCAAUUGGAUUACGCAGUUGACGUUAGACGGAAGCUUGCAUUGUAUGACGAACCUGCCCCUCACGAUGGUCAACGUGUUGUUGAGAAGGUAGCUGAAGUCAAAUUGCCUGCUCUUCAAUGUUCCACUUUUUCUGGCGAAGGCACUACUAGUCUUGAGUAUUCAAACUUUCUCCAGCAAUUCAGUAACGUCAUUGAUUGCCGUCAAUCACUUGCUGAUGCGGCCAAAUUAACUUAUCUUAAAACCUAUUUGAAAGGGUACGCCCUCUAAAUUAUUGAUAAUCUCUCAAUUAACGAUGAAAACUAUUCCGUUGCUCUGCAAAUGCUUGAGAGAGAGUUCAUUGACCGCAAAGCCCUUGUUAACGAUUUAAUUCAGAAACUCUUUGAUCUUACUCCCAAGUUCCAUCCUGACUAUUUGGGUACCAAGAUUUAUAUUAAUGAGAUUCGAAGCACCGUUAGUGACCUUAAAAAGUGGGGCUGUGAUUUGAUGGAAGGGAGCGGUAACACUAUGCUGUCCGUUCUCAUGUUCAGUAAAUUGCCCCAUCCUGUGAAACAGGAAUUCGGACGCAGGUUUGAUAACUUCCCCUCUUGUGAUAUAAUUUUUGAUAACUAUCCUGAAGUUAUUAGAACCUUGACUCUGAAAGAUAAAUCUAGAGAUAAACCUAAACCAGAUUCAAAUGCUGUUAAACCCAAAUCAUUUCCACCUAAGCCUACGUAUCAAAACGCAGGUAUUGCCUCGCAGUCUAAAGAUUUCACACGUAAAGUUUGUAAGUUUUGCUCUGCUCCUGACCAUUCCAUGAUGAAGUGUACCAAAUUUCCAACCUUACAGAGUAGGUUAGAUAGGUGUAGGGAGUUGCAUCUUUGCACCAAUUGCUCCAGCUCCAAACAUCAGAGUCUGGAAUGUAAAACCAAGCUAGAUUAUGAUUGUGUCAUUUGCAAAAGUAAGAAUCACAUUUCUGCUUUGUGCCCCAAGUAUCAGGUUAGCCUUCAGAAGAACUGGUGUUUAAACUCGUCUUCUGGUAAGGAUGAUCAUCUUUUGCCUACCAUUACCGUCACCCUUUCUCGUGGCAAACUGUCUACUCCCGUGAGGUGUUUGAUAGACACAGGGUCCCAGAGAUCUUAUGUUAGUGCUGCUUGUUUAGAUAGGAUAGGAUUUCCUAAGGGUGCGGGUGAGAAGGAUUUUGUAGUUAGUUCUUUCCUUGAUAGUGGGGUACGUAAAUUUGCUGAAGCUAGCUUGUGUCUGAAUUUGAAUGAUGGGUUGGGCGAAUUUCAACUUCCAUUUUUGAUAGAUAGGAACUUUGCUAUAGAGUUUAGAGUAGAUUUGUUAGAUGUGGCAGUUAAUCACCUCAAGAAGUCAGCCACUCUAGCUGACGUUGCAUUUCAAAACCCUAGUAAUGUAGUAAAGCUAGAAGGACUUUUGGGUGUUGAUGCCAUCCGAUUCUUUAGAGAGUUUAGGUUAGUGCAAGUCAACAAUAAAGGUUCUGCUUUUGCUUAUUCUGGGGGCAUUAUUCCAUUUGGUAGCAUAGAUAGUCUCUUGCCCAAAGAUGUAAAGUGUCGCUCAGACCAGCUUCGACCUUCCAAGGAUAAAGCUGAAGGUAUCCCAAACUCUUCCGUCGUAAAUUUUGUGCUGAAUCCUUUAGGAGAUCAGUUCGAUCCUGUCCACAGCGUAGUACAGGAUAGUUCAGUCGAAGGUCGCUUAGACAGAUUGUUUUCUGUUGAGGCUUUAGGUCUGAAGGAAGACGAAUAUUCAGAUUACGAUGCCCAGCAAAUUGCUAAAUUUGAAUCUUCAAUUGAAAAUCGCAAUGGCGAAUAUUUCGUAGAUUUGCCCUGGAUUGAGGACAAGGUUAGUGCCGUUAGGUCUAAUUUCAGUUUAGCUAAGGCUGUUCUAGAUAGAGUCCUUAAGAAGUUGCAUUCCUCAGGUACGUUCCAUGCAUAUAAUGACGUUUUCCUCCAGCAGCUGCAGGAGGGUAUUCUUGAAGAGAUUGACCUAGAUGCUGUUGAUCCUUCACAGCAUGUAUGGAUCCCUCAUAGAGCGGUCAUUCGUACCGGGGAGCAGCUUGGGUUGGUGCCGCGUGGGAGCGUCUCAUUAGAGUCGUCAAGAGCUGCUUCUACAAGACGGUUGGGAGGCGUAAGCUGGAGUAUUUUCAAGUAUUGACGCUGUUGAGUGAUGUCACCAACUCAGUCAACUCCCGGCCCCUAACCUACGUAGACAGUGAAGACGCUGGGUUCCAUGCUCUCACCCCCAAUUCAUUCCUUAAACUGGAGACCGGGCGGAGUCUGGUAUUGCCACCUGGAGAUGCGUCUCUGGGAAGCGACCGUAGAGUCUUGGUGGCUUCACUCGAAGGCAGAGAAGAGCUGUUUGAUACCUUCAAAGAGCAGUGGUACAGCGAGUACAUCCUGUCUCUAAGGGAGGCUGAUCGUGACCGCUUCGAAGCCUCGUGGAGCGAUAACAUCAAAGUUGGAGACGUUGUCUUAAUUUCUGCUCCUGGUAAAAGUCGUCCUUUUUGGUCGAUGGGACGAGUUGUGGAGCUGUUGACUGGUCGUGAUCAGAAGACCCGCUGCGUCAAAGUCAUGAAACCUGACCGAUCGGUUGACGUCUUUUCCAUUAACCUUCUUUAUCCGCUGGAACUCUCCGCGGAUGUCGUAGCUUCGGCGUCUGGGACUGGACCAAGUCCAGCUCGUGCACCUACCGCCUCUAACGAGCGCCCUAAGAGAGCGGCUGCUGUUGAAUGUGGUAGAAAAUUAAAGCUGUGCAAUUAAAAUUGCACUUUCUUGCCGCCCGGAGUGUGUUCGAAAUUUCCACAUUCCUUAGGAUCUAAAUUGGUUCUUUUUCUCCAUGCUUAUCGUUAGGCAUGGGUUUGUAAAUAGUAAGAGUUGGCUGUAAGACUUCGUGGUGUAAAUAUCACAUUAAUGUUGCUCCGUUAGGAGUGUAUAAAGCCAUUUCUUCCUAAUUGCUAUUUAUUAUUUUGAGUGAUCACUCUUUGUUUUUCGUUUUAUUUAUUUUCGUUUAUUAUGCAUGUUCGUGCUUUCUUUGA